UAAAACAUUUUUUUGUGAAGUAUGUGAGUGUAAUAACUGUAAUAUUAAUUAUUGAAUUAGUUUGUUAUUAACUUUUCAUUAUGAGGGAGAUCAUCGGCGGUUUUUCAGAAUCGGGAAGAUAUUAUGCUGAAAUCGGUGUUAAUGGUAAGGUUAACGUUUGGGAUACGAGUGCUGGUGAUCUACGGCAUACAUAUUCACCAAGUGGGCAUUUAAAUUCAUCCGUCACCUGUAUUACUUGGGUCCAAACAGAUAAUACUGACUUACUUUGUAUUGGUACACAAAAGGGUUUUAUAGAGUUUUAUAAUGUGGCCAGUGGAAGUAUUCAGUCAAAAGUCAAUAUUCAAUCAAAAGCUAUCAAGAGCAUUUAUUGUACGGGUAAACAUUUGUACAUAGGCUCUGAUGAUGGUUAUGUUGUUAAGUUUGAUUUAAAGACCAAUAAACUAGAAGCAAAAAUGAAAGCCGGUAAAAUGUGUACAGUAGCUGUAUUGCCUGAUGGAAAGAUAUUGUCAGCGUCCAGGGAAAUUAAACUAUGGAAUUUUUCUUCUGGCGAGUUAGUUCAUAAGUUUAUUGGUCAUAAAAAUGAAAUUCGUUCAUUACACAUUAUAGAAGCUGACAAAUGUUAUUUAUUAAGUUCUGCUAGAGACCGUUUUAUUAAUAUAUGGUCUCUUAGUGACCUUAAACGAGAUCCAUUAGCUUCACUAGUAGCUGAAGAUAACAUUUCUUCUGUGUAUGUACAUAAUAUGCGUAACAACAUUACUGUGACUGUAACAACUGAAAGUGGCACAUUGCAUGUGUUUGAACAUGUACUUAAUGGUUGUGUAGCACAUCCACUUAAACCUCAUGGAACCCUUCAAAUAGCUGUUGACAAUAUUAAAGAUGAAGAAACUGUUCAAAUGCCUAUUAUAUGCAGUAAAAUUUAUGACUCUGUAGUGUAUGUAGCCUAUGGAACUAGGCCCUUUUUGGCAUUUGAAAAUAUUAAAUUACAAAAAUUAAACAAAUGUACAUUUAUUGCGAGACAAGACCCAAGAAAAUCUAAAUCAGUUGUCGGUAACUACAUAAUUAAUCCAAAUAUUACAGACUCUAAAUGUAUUGAACUGAAAAAUAAUAGAUCAUCAAAUUUACCUCUUGAAACAAGACUUCAAAAUAUGUCAGAAGAAAUUGAAAAUACAGUUCAAACCAAAGGUGAAAGUAUCGUUCAUUUGUUAAUUCAAGGUCUUCGUAGUAAUGAUAAAAAUCUUUUAGAGUCUGCUUUAUUUGUUAAAGAUGAACGCACAAUUGACAAUACUGUUUCACGUUUACCAUUACAAUCCAUUAUCAUGCUUGUACGUAAGCUAAUACGCCUAUCACAAGACAGAACACUGGUAAGUUCUGUAAGUGCUAAAUGGUUAUCUGCUGUAUUACGUAUACACUCUUCCCUAUUAUUAGCUAAUCCAGAUGUCUUAGAGACAUUUUUGCCAUUAGAAAAUGUAUUGAGUACAAGAUUAAAUAAUUUUGAACAACUUGGAUUACUAGAGUUUAAACUAAAAGCUCUAGUAGACAGACUAAAUUUUGACAAACAAGAUAAAGAAAAAGAGCAAGAUGCUCUUUUGGUAUAUAAUGAUUCUGAUGAUGAGGACAAAAGAACAACUGAUGAAGAAGCUUUAUUAACAUUUAAUGAAUCUAACAGUGAAGAUCAAAGCACAUCAGACGAAGAAGAAGCAAUGGAUAUAGACUUGAAUGGUGAUGAUCAUCCUAAUAUAUUAAGGUGAAUUAUGUUAAAUUACCUCCAAAUGUUGUUCUAUAUUGUAUAUUAAUACAAUUAUUACCCAUAAAUUGUCAUUAUUUGUUUAUAACAGAAAUGUUAUAGGAAUUUGUUAUCAGAAAUGUGACUAGAAUAAAAAUGUAUUAUUUAAUGUAUAAACAUUUGCAUAUGUCAAGUU